GCGAUAUUAUUAUUUGGCCAUAAAUAUGAUUACAAUGAUCCUGUUAAAAUCGAAAUGGACCGAGCUCGAGCUUCUUUUACUCGUUUAUUCAAAUUUGCUGGAAUCUUAACAUUUCUUCCUUGGUUAACUAAGGUAUUAAUCUUACUUGGAAAGUUUGAUGUUCACCUCAUAAAAAAAAAUUUCAUGAUUGUCGAUGAAUUCGUUCAAGAUGAAGUUAACAGACACCGAGAGAAUUAUAAUGAAAAUCAUGAAGUCGUCGAUUACAUCGAUGGUUACUUGGAGGAGAGGAAAAACCGAGAGAAACAGAACAUUCCUGAAGAUACUUUCACCCUUAAUACACUGAAGCGAAAUGCGGCUGCAUUUUUUGGUGCUGGGUCUGAAACUGUGUACAGUACAAUGGAAUGGGCAAUAUUAUACCUUGUAAAAUACCCAGAAUAUCAAGAAAAAAUACGUUCAGAGAUAGCUGAUGUCAUUGGAUUUGAAAGAAAACCAGAUUAUGCUGAUAGAGCAAGAAUGCCAUUUACGAUGGCGUUUAUUCAUGAAGUUCAGCGAAUCGAAUCAAUCAUUGCAAAUAAUUUACUCAGAAGAGCAUCUGAAGAUACCAAAAUUGGUAAUCACUUCAUACCUAAAGAUACGUUGGUGAUGUUCAAUUUCUGGUCAGUUAAUCAUGAUCCUAAUUUAUGGCCAAAUCCAGAUAAAUUUGAUCCAACUCGUUACCUUACUGAAGAUGGUACUAAAGCAGUGAAACCACCUUAUCUCAUACCUUUCAGUGCUGGUAAAAGGAACUGUCCUGGUGAAGGUUUAGCCAAUGUUGAGUUGUUUUUAUAUUUAGUUUGUAUGGUACAAAGAUAUCGUAUCAAAGUCGAACCAGGAACUGAAAUAUCUUUUGAAGCAGUUUUCGGAAUUUCAAGACGUCCAGCUAACCUUCCACUUUUCAUUUUUGAAAAAGUAGUCCAUUAAGACUAAAUUUUGGUUAUUAAGUACACUACAGAGUUUCUAGAAAGUUUCUGGUGUGUAGGCGUACGUCUUUUAGCUGCACAAUAAACUAAUAUUAAUUAAUUUUCAUAAUGAAUGCCCUUUUCUUGCUCAUUUUAUCUCCUCCCAUACACCAGAAACUUUCUAUCCACUCUGUAGUUUCAAGCAUAAGAUAGUCUUUGAUAAACGCCGUCUACUAUACUGAGGUAAUUUAGCAUCUUACGUAUAGUAGAUGACGUUUAGCAAAAAUUAAUUUAUCGAUGAAACUGCUAAGUACUCAUUCACAAAUGAUAUCAAUUGAUUUUGGUCCAUUUUCUUGUCUUUCUUAUUGAAUCUAUCAAAAUAUUAUUAACAUUAAGACCAUUUUGUUUAUUAUUCAAUGAAAUUUUUCCUCAUAUCUCUUGUAUUUGCCAAUCUAAUCCAUCUGUAUGUACUCAUAACUUUAAUUAAUAUUUUAUUACACUUAAAUAAAAUGAGAAAAUUCAAUCAACGUGAA